AUGAGACGAAAGCCCUUCAAACCACCCUACCAACGACGGAAUGGUGACGAGUCCUCCUCCAACCGUCCCAUUAAACGAAGCGGCAUUAUUGAUCAGAGACUUAUUGAGGGGGCUCAAGUAUCAAUGCCAUUCUUUAGUCAGUUUCGAAUGAAUGGUGAUGGUGAUGGUGAUGAAUAUCAACGUCGAGGGUUGGGAUCGUCGUUGGCAUUGGAGACGUAUACUGGUGUUGAAGGUAGUGAGGGGAAUGGGGUUGGGGAGGAGGAUAUGCAGUUGGAUGCGUUUGACCUGCAGUUACUUGCACAGAAGGAUCGAGCGAUGAAUAACGGACGGGAUAUCAUGCGUGGCAAUCGUCCUCCGAAGCAAGUUUCGAGAUUCUUUCCUGAACCGGACUCUCAUAUCACUCCCCACCGGGGGAUUGCGUCAAGUUCGUCCGAACUGGAUGUCGGUUCCAGUCCGCUGACGAAGUUUCACCAGGAUAGGACAGAGAGAAAAAUGGUGGCAGCUGGUCCAGCCUCUGUAACGGAGUUGUCUUCGCAGACAGAGGGAUCACCGUCGUCUCAUUUGGACGUCGAAGGAAUGGCGGCAAGGGCUGGUCAGAGCCAGUCUCUACAACAGACGACGACAGCCUCGAUGACACCGUUUCAGAAUAUUCCCAUGUCCAUUCGUGGUAUAGUUUUGGUAUCGGUCCAUGAACUUCCGGAUAACUAUCGGUCGAUAUUCCCUUUCCCGGUCUUUAACGCGAUCCAGUCAAAGUGCUUUCGAGCUAUUUACCAUCAGAACGAUAACAUUGUGCUUGCUUCACCUACAGGAAGCGGUAAGACUGUUAUCAUGGAGCUAGCUAUUUGUCGCUUGCUUGGUGCCUUGAAAGACGAGCGGUUUAAGGUUGUCUAUCAAGCCCCGACAAAGUCGCUAUGCUCCGAAAGGUUUCGUGAUUGGAGCAAGAAGUUCAUGACCCUAGGGCUUCAGUGUGCGGAAUUGACCGGUGAUACAGACCAGACACAGCUGAGAAGCGUACAAAGCGCUCAAAUUAUCAUCACAACACCGGAAAAAUGGGACAGCAUGACCCGCAAAUGGAAAGACCACGCACAGCUGAUGCAACUAGUGAAACUAUUCCUCGUUGACGAGGUCCACAUCCUCAAAGAAACCCGCGGUGCGACCUUAGAAGCUGUUGUAUCUCGCAUGAAAUCCAUAAGGUCGAACGUCCGCUUCGUUGCCCUAAGCGCUACCGUGCCGAACUCUGAGGAUAUCGCGACUUGGCUGGGAAAGGACGCAACGAAUCAACAUAUGCCGGCACAUAGAGAGCACUUCGGGGAGGAAUUUCGACCCGUGAAGCUUCAGAAAUUUGUUUAUGGAUAUCAGUCUAGCGGAAAUGAUUUCGCUUUUGAUAAGAUGUGUAGUGGGAAGUGUCAUCAACACACAUUCCUGUCGAAAGCCGAUUAUGAUCUUCUGCUGCACCAGGAAUUCUUCUGUUGCUACGGCGAAAGAGCUUGCUCGACUCUGGUCUAUGACGAACCCUCCGGCUAG